UCAGUAGAUCCUUAACCGGAUAACUGGCUAUAAAUGAGCCAUUCUUCUGUCGUCGAGGUUUAGUGUGAUGCGCGAUUUUUUUUUGCGUGUGUUUAGUGGACUGCCAGUCGAAAUGAGUGGAUAUUUGUUAUUUUUCAGCGUGCUGUUUGUUUCAAAGUGCGGAUUUGGAUUUAUAGCUGGUGCUGGAAGACCUCAUAUUGUUUUCAUAAUAGCUGAUGAUCUUGGUUGGAAUGACGUUGGUUUUCACGGAGGCAACCAGAUUCCUACUCCAAAUUUGGACGCUUUAGCAUACAACGGUAUCAUUUUGAACAGCCAUUAUGUCCAAUCGAUGGGAACACCAUCAAGAGCAGCCUUAUUCACUGGAAAAUACCCUACAAGACUUGGGAUGCAAGGACAUUCCAUCGAGGUGUCUGAAAGAAGGACUCUUCCCGAGGGAAAGAUAUUGCCGCAAUAUUUCAAGGAAAUGGGCUAUUCGACCUACUUGGUCGGUAAAUGGGAUCUGGGUUAUUCAAGAUGGAAUGCCACCCCAACACAGAGAGGUUUUGAUCAUCACUUUGGUUAUUUUAAUGAAUAUACCAGCUACUACGAUUAUCUUUCUACCUGGAAGAUUAAAGGUAAGGAAUAUACAGGUUUCGACCUGAGAAACGACAAGGCCCCUUCUUGGGAAAACGUGGGGAAAUACGCCACUGACCUCUUCACGGAAUACGCUGUGAGCACCAUACAGAACCACGAACCCAGCACGCCACUGUUGAUGAUGGUCUCUCAUCUAGCCGUGCACAGCGGAAACGAGGGAAAACCACUGGAAGCGCCUCAGGAGACCAUAAACAAAUUUAAACACAUUGUGGAUUCCAACAGAAGGACGUAUGCAGCUAUGGUGUCAAAGCUCGACGACAGCGUAGGCCUCAUAGUCCAAGCUCUGGCCGCCAAAGGGAUGCUCCAGAACUCAGUCGUGGCCUUCAUCUCAGACAACGGCGCACCUUCGGUCGGUCACUUCAGGAACUGGGGCUCAAACUACCCCCUGCGAGGCAUAAAAGACACCCUCUUCGAGGGAGGCGUCCGUAGCGUCGCCUGCGUCUGGAGCCCUUUACUCGUACAAUCCGGAAGGGUGUCCAGAGACCUCAUUCACAUAACCGACUGGUUACCGACCCUUUUCACUGCCGCAGGGGGAGAUUCUUCCCUGCUGGACCUCGACAUCGACGGGAUAGACCAAUGGGCGAGCCUCGUUUACGAUCUGCCUUCGGCUAGGAGCGACAUCCUUUUGAACAUCGACGAGAAGACGAGGAAUGCAGCCUUGAGGCUGUCGAAUUGGAAGCUGAUUGUUGGAAGCAGCAACAACGGCUCAUACAACGGCUAUCUCGGCGAGGCAGUCCUGGAAAACAUCCAGGACCUGGAAUACGACAUCGCCGCGGUACACCAGAGUCCCGCAGGCCAGAGCAUCAGGAAAGUGUCCUAUUCCCCCAUCGAGAUGGAGGAGUACGCCAGAAUCAGGAGCAGGGCGACGCUGAGAUGCGUGCCUAAUGGCGAAAAAAAUCCGUGCGACCCAUCCAGUAAUCCAGUCUGUCUGUACGAUAUACCCAGCGAUCCGUGCGAGGAAAACGACCUGGCUAAAUACUUCCCGAGCGUGGUGAGGAGGCUUAAGCGUUCUCUGGUGGAGUAUCGGAGGGACCUCCAGCCGCAAAUUGAACAGGAAUUCGACAUUGAAAAGGCAGAUCCAAAACUUUUCAAAUACACUUGGAAUCCUUGGCUGGAUUGCGCCGACGUAGGGUGCACCUCUUAAUUGCUUAAAUUAUUUAAAUUCCCCACGAAUUAUUUCCCAUCUUGUAAGAUCUCAUGAGUGUGCUUUGAUGUGUCUGCGAUUAGUUGCUGUAUUUAUUAUGUUUCAAUAAAAAAAUUAGGAGUA